AAGAAAGAUGGGAGGGAAAGGAGCCGUUGGCAAGCUCAUGGAGCUGCAUCCAUGAACCAAAUAAAGCAAAUCCAAGCACACGCCCUCCACCGCGGCGCCGACCAGACAAGCCUCCUUCUCGACCUAAUCCUCCGCAUCCCCGAUUUCUCCUACGCCCGUCGCCUCCUUGAUGCCCUCACCUUCCCUCCCUCCACCUUCCUCUGCAACAAGCUCCUCCGCGCCUACUCCGCCUCCGACGUUAACUUCCACCAUUGCAUCACCCUCUUCUCCUCAAUGUGCCGCCAACGCUGUUGUAGACCAAACCUCCAUUCCUUCACCUUUGCGGUCUCGGCCUGCACCACCUCCUCCAGUCCUUUCCACGGCCGUGCACUCCAUGCUCUUAUCUUCAAGUUCGGUUUUUUACCAGACGCCUUUGUUUUCACUUCUCUUCUUCAUAUGUAUUCCAAGACCAGUCAUCUCCCUUCCGCACGUAAGCUGUUCGAUGAAAUGUCCCACCGAGAUAUCGCAACCUGGAACUCCAUGAUCACCGGGUACGCAAAGAGUGGCGAUGUUAAUAGUGCAAGGAAGCUGUUUGAGGACAUGCCUGCGAGGAAUGUGAUCUCGUGGACCUCGAUGAUUUCUGGAUAUUCCCAGAAUGAGAUGUAUGAGGAGUCCAUUGAAAUGUUUCUAAGGAUGUGGGAAAUGGGUGAGGUGAGGCCGAACGAGGUGACCUUGACCAGUAUUCUCCCAGCUUGUGCUCAUGUUGGAGCCAUGUAUUUGGGUGAGAAGAUUGAAGCUUUUGUGAGGGAGAAUAAUCUUUUAAGCAAUGUGUUUGUGGGAAGCGCAUUGGUGGAGAUGUAUGCUAAAUGUGGUAAUAUUGAUAAAGCAAUGGCGGUUUUCCGAGAAGUUGGGGAGCAGAGGAAUAUUUGCUCCUGGAAUUCGAUGAUUAUGGGUUUAGCUGUACAUGGGAGGUGGAAAGAUAGUCUUCAACUCUUCCAUGAGAUGAAGAAAAAGGGUAUCAGACCUGUAGACAUAACAUUUACUGGUGUUCUCAUGGCUUGCACUCAUGGAGGAUUAGUGGAAGAAGGGAAGCGACUCUUUCAGCAUAUGGAGAAAGAACUUCUCAUCUCCCCAAAGAUCCAACACUAUGGCUGCUUGGUUGAUCUUCUAGGACGUGCAGGAUAUCUAAAUGAAGCCUAUGACCUCAUAAAAAGAAUGCCAAUGGAACCAGAUGCUGCUAUAUGGGGAGCUCUGCUUGGAGCUUGCAGUUUCCAUAGAAACGCAGAGCUCGCAGAAAUAGCUGCAGAGUUCCUUUUCAAGCUGGAGCCCUGGAAUCCAGGUAACUAUGUUAUUCUUGCCAAUAUUUAUGCGUCUGUGGGGUGCUGGGACUGUGUUGCUACAGUUUGGAAGCUAAUGAAAGGGAGAGAGAAGAAGAAGGAGGCAGCCUAUAGUCUGAUUGAAUUGGCUGGAAAUAUGUACAAGUUCUUAGUAGAAGAUCAAUCACACCCAAAAUCUAAGGAAAUAUAUACAUUGCUAGAUGAAAUUUAUAUCAUUAUGGGAUUAAUUGGUGCAGAUUCAGGUACUAAUAUACAAAGUGAUUUCUAUUGAUUAUGGUCUCAAUUAGAAACUAAUGGACAGGGUGCUAGAAGAGGUUGGAAUUUGUAUUCAAUUAAUUGUGCUUGUCAAUAAUAUGAUUAAUAAUUUCGGCUUUGUUUGGGACGGCUUUCUUACUGCUUCUUAAGACAGCUUUGUAGUACAAAAAUUACUAAA